AUGACUGAAUCUAAUGCAGAACCACGACCGCUUAUUGUUGGGCCUGAGACGCCAGCAUCACCAUAUCCCAUAAGAAUGAAGGGUGAAGUAGUGAAAGGGUUUGGUCGUGGCAGUAAAGAACUAGGCAUUCCAACAGCGAACCUUUCAGAGGAUGCAAUAGACGCAUUAUGCAAAGGAGUAUCGACUGGUAUAUAUUAUGGAUGGGCACAAGUUGUUGGUAAAGGUGGAGAGAACGAUUUUCCUACUACUCCCGUUUAUCCGAUGGUAAUGAGUCUUGGUUGGAAUCCUUAUUACAAGAAUGAGAAGCAGAGCGCGGAAAUUCACAUUAUACACGUUUUUCAAAGUGAUUUUUAUAAUGAAGAAUUACGUGUGAUUGUUUUAGGGUAUAUUCGACCGGAAAGUGAUUAUAAUUCGUUAGAGGAACUUAUCCAGGAUAUAAACACCGAUAUACAGGUGGCCCAUAAUUCAUUAAAACGUGAUGGAUAUUCUAGAUUUCAGCGAGACGGGUUUUUUGUUGAUUCCGAAUCAACAUGGCAUUCUAUUCCAACUUAUGACAUAUACAUGACUGAUCAUCCAGAACUGUGGUUAUCCCUCGAUUCUCAAGAUCAAUGCAUCACGUGCGCUCAUUCGGUCUGCGUUGCUUGGGAGUCCGCCGUUUCGCGAAUAACAAGGGAAGACUUGGCAUUCUUUAACGUAUCUCAUCCGGAUCAAGAAUUCCGAAAAGUUCUUUAA